GGAGCCCGGGGUGGUUUCGGUCAGUGGGUUCCUUUCCGCCAUCGCCUGGGGCGCGCUGAGCCGGACACCAUGUCUAUGGGGCUGGAGAUCGGCGGGGUGGCCCUGUCGGUGCUGGGCUGGCUGUGCAGCAUCAUCUGCUGCGCGCUGCCCAUGUGGCGGGUGUCGGCCUUCAUCGGCAACAACAUCGUGACGGCACAGAUCAUCUGGGAAGGGCUGUGGAUGAACUGCGUGGUGCAGAGCACAGGGCAGAUGCAGUGCAAGGUGUAUGACUCCAUGCUGGCGCUGCCGCAGGACCUGCAGGCCGCCCGCGCCCUCCUGGUGGUGGCCAUCGUGCUGGCCGUGCUGGGCCUGAUGGUGGCCAUUGUGGGCGCCCAGUGCACCCGCUGCGUGGAGGACGAGACCACCAAGGCCAAGAUCACCAUCGUCUCCGGCGUCAUCUUCCUGCUCUCCGGCAUCAUGACCCUCAUCCCCGUCUCCUGGUCGGCCAACACCAUCAUCCGGGAUUUCUACAACCCGCUGGUGCUCGAAGCGCAGAAGAGGGAGCUGGGCACGUCCCUCUACGUGGGCUGGGCGGCCGCCGCGCUGCUGCUCUUCGGGGGGUCCCUGCUCUGCUGCUCCUGCCCCCCCAAAGAUGAGAGGUACGCGCCCAGCAAGGUGGCCUACUCCGCCCCGCGCUCCGCCGUCACCAGCUAUGACAAGAGGAACUAUGUGUGAGCCCCCGCGCCCCCGCCCUGGCACCCCGAGGGGCUCGGCCACCCUCACCCCCACCUCCAGCCCCAUCCGGCGGGACCGGCGCCGCCGGGGACCCUCCGCCCCGCGGGCCGGGGAGAGACCCCCGUCCCCAAGGGCGCCCCGACCCCGGCGGGAGCAGGCUGAGGCGGGGGGCGACGGGAGGGGCGACAGGAGAGGUCCUGGGGUCAGGGCUGGGCCGCGGGAGCGGGAGCCGGGCGGGCGGCUGUGUAAAUACAGACGGUUUCGUGUAAACAGAGCCAGUUUCGGGUUGCCAGGAGAGCUCUUCGCAUGAGCGCCAGGCGGAAGCAGCGGUGCCCCCGUGCCCUGCCCCGCCAGCCCCUGGCCCCCCGGCCAGGCGCCUUCUCUCCCUGUUACGCGUGGUCUGUACGAGUUACAUUUGUCAAUAAACGUGUCCUGUUUUGGUA